GCAGAACUUUCGUAGGUUUGUUUAUUUGUCUAUCUUCAAUCAACGAAGUGUCGUUUUGAUCGAAGAAAAGCUUUCUUCUUUGUAAUCGACAGGUUCGAUCAUAGACCCUUUUUUAACCUCCUACUUGGGUUUAGAUUACUAAGGUGAUGGCAAAAAGCACGUUCAAGCAAGAGCAUGACCUAGAGAAGAGAAGCGCAGAGGCAGCUAGAAUUAGAGAGAAGUAUCCAGAUAGGAUUCCGGUGAUUGUUGAGAAGGCUGAGAAGAGUGAUAUACCAACCAUCGACAAGAAAAAAUACCUAGUCCCGGCUGAUUUGACAGUGGGGCAAUUCGUGUAUGUCAUCCGUAAAAGAAUCAAACUGAGUGCAGAGAAGGCUAUCUUUAUCUUUGUGGACAAUGUUCUUCCUCCAACAGGUGCGUUAAUGUCUUCUGUGUACGAAGAGAAAAAGGAGGAUGAUGGGUUCCUCUAUGUCACUUACAGUGGAGAAAACACAUUUGGAUAUUGAUCCCUCCAUACAUCUCUUGCUGGAUAUUUCAUUCUACCUCAAUCUCUAUUUCGCUGAAUACAUCAUCAUCUUAUUAGUUAUUUCAAGCAAGCAGCAUAUGUACUUCUCUAAGAAGGUUCGGUUCGGAAUUACUGUGUACAGAGAACAUGAAAUAAUGUAUAUAAACUAUGCUCUAAUAAAAUCUUGUGCUUCUUCA